AUGCAAAAUGUCAAUAUGAACAGUGAGAUGAAACAAGAAAACGAAACAAUGCAGCCACCAUAUAUACAGGAACGUCUUAAGUCGCUAAAUGAUAUAGAGAGCCAGUUAUGCUCCAUGCUGCAGGAGGCGUCCCAAGUCACGUUCAUUUUUGGUGAACUGAAACGUGGUAAUGAAUCAGUGAAACCCCAAUUCGAAAACCAUGUCAAACAGUUUUACGAACGGCUAGACAAAUCAACCAUGCAGUUACGUAAGGAAAUACAGCUGUUAGACGACAACGUUGGGACACGACUACUACCCAUUAACGUCAACAAGAAGGCCCUAGGCCAAGAUACAGAAAAGAUGGAAGAGCAAUUGGAUUUAUUGUUGGCUAUAUUAGAUCCUUCAAAAUCCAAAUGA